AGACCUGACAGUAAUAUUCCUCGUGUUGGAACUAGCUGUGAUGUGCAGCUAACAGCUGUUGGGGGAGGGGGGUACAGUACCACCCACUUUCCUGUCGUUAUGGUCCACUUAUUAGAUAUAUCUCACGUAUGCUUAUAUUAUUGUUAACAAAAAAAAUACUCAGAGAAAAGACAGUGAACCCUGUUAAGGCUGUGUCUAAGAAGACAAUUCUACUUCUGUAUUUGUUCUCAUAAUUUGGAAAAAAAUCAAAAUUUUCUGGGGUACAGUCAUACAUAAGCAGGGAUCACCAGGAGGCCUACAGUGACCAACUGGAAUAAUGGUGAUGCAAGAGGAAGGGUACCGAAAAUUCAACCAGGAAAAUGUAAAUGAAGAUACAGGCAUGGCAAAACUGGAUGUGUUUGAGGUGCAAGAUUCUCACUUCUUCAGACCACGAACGUGCUGUGAAACAUUGCUCAGAGUUCUGCAGUGUGUCCUUCUGGCUGUCUGUGCUGUUCUUCUUCUGGUGCUGAUUGCAAUGGUAACAUCUAAAUUCUGGCACGUCAGUCAGGAUUUGCAGGAAAUGAAAUCGGCAAUUGACUCCUUAAAUGCUUCCAUGCUGUCUGCAUCUGAAGUCAAUAAAGGAAAAAGUCAGUAUUUAGAAAGUGGCUCUACACAGGACACUAAGAAAGAUCCCUGUUUUGAAGACUGGGAGCUGUUUCAAGGAAGCUGCUACCAACUUUCUGAAAUGGAAGAACAGUGGGAUGAUGCCAAAAAGGCAUGUGAAUCAGAAGGGGCACAUCUAAUGAUUAUCACAAGUCUAGAAGAGCAGAGACAAGCCUGGAAGUUCAUGAGAGAUGUUGGUGUUAACAUCUGGAUUGGGUUACAUGACAUUGAUGAAGAAGGUGACUGGCGAUGGGUGGAUGGGACAAUGGUCAGUGCCAUGCCACAGUUCUGGGAUUACAAGCAGCCAGACAACUGGGAUCACAAGAAAAACAGAACUGAGGACUGUGGUUCCCUGCACAGACAUGGCUCUUUGAGCAGCGGUUGGAAUGAUGAUUACUGCAUGGAAUACUACCGUUACAUUUGUGAAAAGGAAGUGUAGAAUCGUGCAAACUGCUCUGUUACACUGAUGACUUCAUAGAUUCUUCACAGCGUUUCAUUAGCAGUUCCAGCAGCAGUUCGUAUCCAGUUAACAGUGUCUUUAUGAACAGAACUGUGUGAGUAGGGGAAUUACUCAUUUCCAUACACUCUGACUCAUUAAUCUGUUCACAGAUUUUGAUGCAACAUAUGAAACACCUAUAAUAGAAAGAGAAUACAUUUAAAAAUGAGCAAUCAAGUAAUGAAGGAGAAGCAGAUAGAAUUAAGAAAAAACAUCUGCUGUACUUUUAAGUAUCAAAACGUAUGGGAUGAAAUAUUGAAAUCACUAUACAAAAAAUGAAGGCACCAUUAAAAGACAUAACUGUAGUUAUCAUGAGUAUUUUAAAUUGUGAUCACUUUGAUUUAAUUAUGAUAUAUUUACCCAUAAGGAGCAAUGUUUAUCAUUUCAUAGGCCAAAAGCCAAAAGUACAAUGGCAGCAUUUUACAUACACCUCAUGUAAAAGCUUAUCAUGAUAAGCAAGUUUAAGCAAUAUCAAAGUGAUAAACACUGAUGAUUUUAUACAUUUUUUUUGUUAGUAGGUUACAUAUAAUAGGAUAAAUAUAUAAAUUCAGUAUUAAUUCUGGAUAAUAAUUCUGUCAUAGAUGUAACACAAAAAUAUUUCAUCAUUUUUUGUAUACUGUUUAAUAACCUGGUAAGUUACUGUCACCGCAACUUUUUCAGCUGUGACCCCAGCUUUGAGCACACACAGACACACACACACACACACACACACACACACACACACACACACACACACACACGCACACGCACACGC